AUGUCCAACGAAAACACCCAUGACGAACGAUAUGGCCGUUCAAUGAGCCAAGGCUCUAUUGGCUCCAAUCUAGCUUCGUGGCUCUCCGGACGAGCAUCCCCUUCUACGUCGGUCAAUCGUCGCGAGAGCGAGGCGUCGGACUAUGGCUUCCAUGGCGACAUUGACGACGAUGAGGACUAUGGCCUCCGCAGGAGCCCGUCGAUAUCCAUGCGCUUUCGACAAGCUGGAGGAGUAAACAGCAUAGACAAUUUUGCUCGGUCGUGGCAGCGAGCAGCUGGGUUCCUGGAGAUUGUUCCGCGGCGAUCAUCGUUUGCCUUUGACAGCGAGGGAGAAGACUUUGACGACGCCCGUCGAGGCUCGUAUCAUACGCCGACACAGCCGCUCUUGUCCGGCCCUUUCGACAGGCCAAGAGCGUCCUCGGAUGCUAUUGAUGACGGUACCGGACGCGAUAGCUUUAGCCAUGAAGGAACAGGAUCGUUACGACGAGACCCAGCAUCCGCGUUGCUGAGCGCGUACGACACUUCGUCCUUUGGUAGAAGCCUUGGAACGUCCUAUGGCACGAUAUCCUCUCGUGUGAGUGAGACGACUCGGCAACGUACCCUUGAACUCCACCAUGAACACCGGGCGAUCAACGCAGAGCCGCCACCUGGCACAGAACCGUUGCUUGUGAAGCAGGUGGAACAUGAAGACGGAACCAAAGAAAACAUAAUCGUGGGACAAAGCACCGUCUAUCAGACUAUUUUCAAUUCCGUCAACGUGUUGAUCGGAGUUGGGUUGCUGAGUCUGCCCCUCGGAAUCAAACAUGCCGGAUGGUUGAUCGGACUUUCGUUCCUGUGUUUUUCCGCGGGAGCUACAGCCUACACGGCGAAGAUUUUGGCCAAAUGCUCGGAUAUCGACCAUAGCAUAGUCACUUACGGAGACCUGGCGUAUGUAAGCUUUGGGCAUCGGGCCCGUCUUAUUACCAGUCUUUUGUUUUGCCUAGAGCUAUUAGGAGCCUGUGUCGCUCUUGUGGUAUUGUUUGGUGAUAGUCUUGAUGUGCUUAUACCUGGAUUCGGGCUUGUCCGGUGGAAAAUUAUCUGUGGUAUAAUUUUAAUGCCAUUAAGUUUCAUUCCUCUCCGUUUUCUGAGUGUCACUAGCAUUCUUGGUAUCAUUUCAUGCACAGCUAUUGUGGUUAUCGUUUUCAUUGACGGGUUGAUCAAGCCCGAUACGCCGGGGUCUCUUAUUCAACCUGCAAAGACGUAUCUUUUCCCAGAGCAUUGGUCAACAUUGCCUUUGAGCUUUGGCCUGUUGAUGUCACCUUGGGGUGGACAUGGUGUUUUUCCAAACAUCUACCGUGAUAUGAGACAUCCUCAUAAGUAUGGCCAGAGCCUUUGGAUCACCUACAUCUUCACAUUCUCACUGGACUUCUUCAUGGCUGUUAUUGGCUGGCUGAUGUUUGGAGAUGACGUUUCGGAUGAAAUCACUGCAAACGUUCUUCUUACUACCAGCUACCCUCAAGCCCUAUCAAUCUGCAUUGUUAUAUUUAUUGCAAUUAUUCCGAUUACUAAAGUGCCUUUAAAUGCUCGACCCCUCGUUACCACAGCCGAAGUCCUCUGUGGCCUCUCUCCAGCGAGCCAACGUCAUGACACUCACGUCUCCAAGUCAACCAUAAUCGGCAGAGCAUUUGUACGCUUUGCCAUCAUCGUUCUGAUUGUCUUCAUUGCGGUGGUUUUCCCAUCCUUUGACCGCAUCAUGGCUCUCAUGGGCUCCUGCCUGUGUUUCACCAUCUGCAUUAUCCUGCCAAUUGCCUUUUACCUGAAAAUAUUUGGAAAUGAGGUUCCAGUUCGUGAAAGGAUCUUUGAUUGGGUGCUUUUGAUCAUAUCGUCUAUCAUGGCGCUUGUCGGAACAGUCUGGGUGUUUUUACCAAAGGAUACAUUUUAG